AUGGAACGACCUUGUAACACCCCUGUUUUUAAUGAGGUUGAUUCAACACCAAUUCCUCCAGAAAUACCAGAAGAAGAAGAGUAUCAUUUAAAACUAUGUUUAUGUCCAUUAUGUAAACAUGGAAUGGAAGUUUUUGGAGUUAAACGACCAGUUUCAUGGAUAUUGAUUUGUCGAGUAAUAUUAUAUUCAUUAAUGGAACUACAUAAAGGAACAGUUUAUUUUUCAUUAAAAGAUGAUAUUCAUGGAUUUGUUGCAGCUCAUUGGCAUAUUUUUGGGCAAUUAGAUCAAUUUAAAACUAAUCCAAAUAGAUGGAAAAAAGCAUUUCUUGAUGGACUUAGUCAUUCACCAUUUUUUCAAAGUGGAACAUUAACAUUAAAGAGACCUAAUUUCUGGAAAUUAAGAAGAAAAGAUUGUCCAUGGGUUAAACAGAAAAAAAGUAGUUUAGUAGAAGAAAAUGAUGAUCAAGGAAUUAAAGAAGCUAAAGAAGAAAUACAACAACAAAACUCAUUUUUUCAAGCUAUUGGAGAUUCACCUAUGCUUGAGUUUAAUGGAAUUCCAACACGAGAUAAUGCAAAAGAAUUCUUAAAAACAUCAGUUGAAAAUACUAAGAAUCAAUUAGAUAAAUGUCAAAUAAUUUGUCAAAAUCUUAGUAAAGACCCACAAUUAAAUCAAAACAUGAAGAUGAUUAACGACCAAUUAAAUUGGAUUCAUAAUUCUCUUAAUGUCAUUUCUGCUAACAUUGAAACAACAUUGUUUUAA